GAACGACCUGAUUUGUUUCUCCACCAAGAGAAAGGAAGAAAAACAGGAAGAAGAUCAAAACGACGCCUCCCUUUCCUUCAGUCAACAGUCAGUACACUCCUAAAACUCCUCCUUAAUCGAUCCUUUUCCAUCUUUUGCUUAAUAAUGGCCUCAACAUCGGCGGCGGCGGGCGGCGGCGAAGGUGGAUUAGCGGUUGCUGAGAGGAGAGGAGUACCGGCGGCCUCCUUCGUUGAAGAUGUCCAAACUUAUUUGUCGGAAUCGGGCCUUGAUGCCAACUCAGCUCUCGCUUUCCUUCAAGAAAGACUUCAGCAAUACAGAGUAGUUGAAAUGAAACUUCUAGCUCAGCAGAGGGAUAUUCAGGCAAAGAUUCCAGAUAUUGAGAAGUGCUUGGAUAUAGUUGCCACCCUGCAAGCUAAGAAGGGUACUGGUGAGGCUCUACUUGCCGAUUUUGAAGUUUCAGAAGGCAUUUAUUCCCGUGCGCGAAUUGAAGAUACUGAUUCUGUUUGCUUGUGGCUUGGGGCAAAUGUGAUGCUUGAGUAUUCGUGUGAAGAGGCUACUUCUCUUCUUAAGAAGAAUUUGGAGAAUGCUAGAUCAAGUUUAGAAGUUCUUGUCGGUGAUCUACAAUUUUUGAGGGACCAAGUGACCAUCACCCAGGUUACUAUUGCCCGUGUAUAUAACUGGGAUGUACAUCAAAGACGACUGCGCCAAGCUGUUGCCACCAAAGAUUCAUAAGGGAAGAAAAGUUGUACCUUUCUCCAAUAUUGCAGAUGGAGGCUUGUGUUUUUAGUCUGAAAUUUCUGAAUUUAGAGGAUUGGAUUUCGUCAUUUAGAGAUUAGCUAUCAUAGGUUCCCUUCUUUGAGAUUAUUACUAGUGGAGGUUCUGAUCCAUAAUUAUGAAUUUUCUUUCUAUCUGUGGUGUUAUAAGAUAUACUAUCCUAUGUCAACACCAGUUUUGACGCUUUGUUCAAACUGUGAGUUUAGGUUGUAAGGAGUUUUAAUAGUACAGUUGCAUGGUGAUGCUUGAUGUUUGGAUGUUUGAACCACUCGAUAGCUUGGAUAAACCUCAGAAUUUCUCCCAUUAAAUCAAGUUAGCGAGUUGAUGUGAAGCGUUCCCUAAAUGCAAUGACGGGAGGAGAAAGAAUAGACUUUGAGACCAGACCUCCACUGGCAAUUAUGGCAGGAUCAGUCACCCGGGCAAACAACCCUCCCUUCCUUCAAUUGCUCUUAUUGGAUUCUCGUAUUACUAAAAAAAAAACUCAACUGCCAUGAGGACAUUAUCAACUUCUGAGCUUAGCAUUGAGUUGAAAAUAGCCUUUCCUCUUUACAAGUGAAAUUUAGAAAGUGACGAUGCCUGACUGCAAGUGAUUGUACCAGUAUCACUUCUUACACCAUUGAAAUGUUCCUGCCUAGAUACACAUCAAGACAUGUAGUCAAAAACUCAAGGUUCUUACUUCUUACAGAGGUUUCAUAUUCGAGAGCCUGGCGAAACAAAAUGCUACUUCUUCUAAGGGGCACGGAUUUGAACCCUGCAAAAAAUUUGGGGACAUGAAGAAUAGUUUGCUAAUUAUUCUUUUUUUUUUUUUUUUUUUCAUAUUUGUAGGGUGUCCACCGUCGACAACAGUGACUAAUUCCCUUCGUUGAAUUGUAAGUAUCUCGAUGGAAGGGACAGCUGGUCAAAAUAUUUAAGAUUACUCCAUGCCUGUAACGAGAUUUGUACCCUUGACCUAUUGUUAAGGGUGGAGGAGUUCUUUCCACUCCACUACAACCACUUUGGUUAUAGUCUGCUAAUUCUGUAUGUAGGUGAUGUUGAAAUAGUUGUGUUAUGGGCCUUUGCUAUUACCUCUCUGAAAUGGCUCAUUCUGUAUCAAACAAGUCCAUGUAUGAAAUAUGAACAAAGAAUUCUUUUGAGGUAAAAGUUUAUAGAUCUAUGUU